UUUAAACUCCGUCAGUCUGUAGAUCUGUGGGCUGAUUCACGACAAGUGGAGCAUUUAUGUUUCCUCGCGUGCCGUCACACCCAGGAUACACAUGUAAAAAUGGUCGGUCAUCGGUGGCUCCCCUGGAAUAACAAUCCAACAUCUGGCUCAAUCACAGUGACUUCAGCCAAGCAGGAUCAGGAAGUAUCGUUGGAUUGCCUCGGCAGCAGGAAGAACCUGAGCCGUCAGCGCUUCUGUCCGGUCGUCGGCCUCUCAGCGCUCUGCUUGUUGCUGCUCGUGGCCAGUGUGGCGCUUUCUGUCCUGUAUAACAACAAGUCAGACAGCAGGCCCGAAUGGAAAAGCCUCCUGUUUGACUACCAGAACGUCAGCGAGAGCUACGUCAGUCUCUCUAAAGCCAACAGCGUCCUGAGAGGAGACAACCAGGUCCUGAAGGAGCAGAGCGCCUGGCUGGACGAACAGGCCAGACUCCUCAACAGGACUUCGGCCAAACUCAUGUCUGUCAAUCUGGCUCUGAGUCUGGAGAGCACCGACUUAAUGGAGCAAAUCGUGAAUCUGACCUCUACAAACUUACAGCUCACGCAAGAACACGCCCGUCUGGUCCGGCUGACGUCCGAGCAGGAGGAGGAGAAGAUGAACACGUCUCGAACUAUCGAACAUCUGGUCGAGUCCAACCAGCUACAAGAACAGGAGGGACAGAGGCUCUCCCAGAUCAACGUCCUCCUGAGGGAAGAGCUGCUUCAACUGAGGGACAAGAAUGAAGAACUUCUGGAAAUCAACGACAGGUUUCAGGGAGAGAUCAAAAAUCAGAGCGAGCAGAUCGCAGCUCUGUUGGACGACUGUGAGGAGGCGUCGAGGCGCAACACGGAGCUCCAGGAGAGACUGACGGAGCUGCAGGAGGAGAACCAGAACCUGAGCAGCACCUUGAUGAAGGAGAGGCAGGAAGCAGCGGAGAGAGAGGACGACAGGAGGAACGAGACGGAGAGGAUGGAGGCGAACUACCGCUCCUUGGACCUCCACUGCCCUGUGGUUAAUCACAAGACCAAAGAGCGUAUUUGCACAAAGUGUCCUGACAGCUGGAGGCUGUUUGAGAACAAGUGCUACUACGUCUCCUCCCGCAAGCUCACCUGGAGCUCCAGCAGGUCCUGGUGUCAGACACAAGGGGGCGACCUGCUCGUCAUCGACAGUCAACCAGAACAGGACUUUAUUUUUGAGAGCAGCCAGGCGUCGGGUCAGAGCGACACCAGGCUGUGGAUCGGUCUGACGGAUGCAGAGGAGGAGGGGGAAUGGUUCUGGGUGGACGGCAGCUCGGUCACAACAGGAGUACAAUUCUGGCUGAGCAGACCCGGCGUGGGGACGGAACCUGACGACUGGAAGCUGGACGACCCUCUAGGAGAGGACUGUGGGCACAUGGACACCAGUGAGGACCCCCUCCAGUCCUGGAUGGACGGAUCCUGUAAGACUCCUUAUAGAUGGAUCUGUGAAAAGAACCUUUAGAUCGUCCACGGACAUUUAUACAUGUCAUAUUGUAAAUAUUGCAGUAAUACACUACUAAGUUUUCUAUGUUAAGGCAAUUCUGAGACUAUAUCAGUAUGAUAUAUACAAUUGUUUUCAUGUAUUAAAAUGUGAGUGUUUUCUUUCAAAAUGAAACAAUAUUAAGUCCUCAAGUUGCAGGGAAUGAAAACAACAUCUGCCAGGGAAUUUGUCUUUUUCUUACUUUUUUAUUUAUAUAAGGUUAGAUUUAACGUAACAGACUGUGUUUUCUUCAAGUGAUGAUUCAACAAGAUAACGUUACGUCCUUCAAUGUGAAAUGUUGAUCCUCAUAAAAACAUCAAACGAAACAGAAACAAUAGCUCAUUAAAUUUCACAUCCUGCAGAAAACUAAAAUACUUUAGAAACCGCUGACAGUAAAACCAAAUUCAGAUGAUUUGCUGUUACACAACAGGGAGUUCAGGACAGGCACACAGAUGUCGGCUGGAAAUAAAUCAGUGUAUCCGCUGACUUUUCUCCAUUUGGUGCGUUUUUAACGCAGAAUCUUAAAUUGUUGUGAUGUUAAGAAGCUCCAAAACAAUUCCACAUCUGUCCUCUGAAAGACAUUUUUGUUUGUGUUGGGAUGCAUCAGUUAAAGUUAAGUCUGGUGUGAUAUCAUAUGUAUUUUUAUUAUUAUCAUCAAGUUUUCAGGAAACAACCAGCAACAACAAUAAUCUGUGUGUCUGUCUCUUAAUACUUGUUGUGGCUCUGUUCCCACUGAAGUCACCACGUUGUCAAGUCUUGAACAUUUCACAAAAUAUGUAUUUCAACUGUUAUGUUUAAGGAAUAUUCUUCAUUUUCAACAUAAUUUGGCGCAAUUAUUCAGGUUAACCAAAAUCUUGGAUAAUAAACAUAUCCGUCACCAAAUGUCUUGUCUCCUGAGAGAAGCAAUCAUAGCAUAACUUUGAUUAAACACACAAUCAAAGUAACAGCUGGUACAGUAAAGUGAAAAUACGUUGACUGCUGUGUGUAAAAAGGAAUUCUGUAAACUUUAUUUUUUGGCUGCAUUCAUAAUAUUAAUGUGAGGAUAAUGGCUUCAAGAGUCUGGACACAUUUGUAUCCUGAAUGUGCUUUAAAAAGUGCCUUUUCUUUUUAAAAGUCUUUAACAUGACUAUGUUAAUCAUGCUAACAAGAUGAUAUGUCAGAAAAUAUUAUCCGCGUAUAUCUUGUCCAGUAUGAAAACGUAUUAUGAUGCAGAAAAAGAUUCUUUCUUCUUUCUUCUUCAAAGUUAAGACAACUGUUUCAGUGCACAGAUGUCACUUAAGACAAUGAAGUUUAUCAUUAAACUAUAAAAUAUG